GGCGACGACUACGGUGAUGGAGCGCAGUGAGGGUCGCAGCCGCUGUGCGUACGACAGCCGCCUUGGCUUCCGGGCCAUCGGGGUGGGCUACAACCUCGAUGACAAGUCGGACGAGCGCAUGAGGGAGAUCGCCACCAUUCUCGCCGAUUACGAGAAGCUGUACCGGGGGGAGGCCUGUCUGAACGACUUGCAGAUCAACACGCUCCUGGCCUUGGAUGCUCGCCGCUAUCUGUUGAGGGCAGGGGAGAGUGUGAAGACCCUUGACAAUUUCUGCUGCAACGUUCAGGCUGUCUUCGCUGAUGUGGCCUUCACUCAUGCCAAGACUCGUCUGGGAGCACAGUUUGACCAGACCAUUCAGAAGGCCUCGUCCUUCCAGUGGAGGGAGGCAGCGGAGGAGCUGAGGCAGUCCAAGUGGUGCCGCAAGAACGAGGCAGCCUGCAAGGUGGAUGCCCAGCAGCUGGAGGAGGGCUGUGCUUCCGUGGGCGAUAGUGCCGUGUUGGCCUUUCUUGAUAGCCUCCGGGGGUUGAUGGCAGCUUAGAUGUGGAUAGUUGGGCUGCAUAUCGGUUUAGGGUUCUGCUUGUAAGGUGGAUUGCCUCCCUGGGUUGAUGGCAGCACAUAGGUUGUGGAGAGUCUGGCAAUUGGGUAUGCGGUUUCCCUUUAGUGGGAGAGUUCCAUGGGGAAUGUCUAUGUGGUGGUUACCUAGUGCUGACUAGAGUUGUUGGCGCUUGUUAUGUGAAAUGAAGAAGGUGAUUGGAAUUGGGAAAGC